ACAGUAAAUUCCAAUAAUAAAAAGUACACAACAACAAUACACAAAAAUACCAAAUUAAAGAGCUGAUGAGAAAUAAAUGGUGUGACUUUGGGUUUGACUCUUUAAGAGUCACAUUUAACAGGUGUAACUUAUAAUUCAGUCUGUAUUUUCUACACAGAUCACUGAUUUGAUUUCACUGGUUAUUUAUAAAUUAAUUAAAUAUCAAGCGCAAAAAAGUAGUUAGUACUCUGAGUACAUUAUUUUUCAGAGAAAUUUCAAAUAGAUAAGUCACAGGACCUCCCAAAGUAUGAAGAAAACCAUGACUUAUACUCCAGGAAAAUACAAUAGUUUCUGAGAAGAGUUCUUUCAACUAAAGUACUUUUUAGCACUCAAACAUUUACUUGUAAAUGAGUAUUAUUUCAGCAAUGUAACAGUACUUGUACUUAAGUUUCCAGAACUCUUUCUACCUCUGCUCAGAGCUUUGUGUGUGUUCCAGACCACAGCAGGACACAGCGCCCUCUGCUGGACCUGAACCUGAACCCAGCUUGGUGUCUCUGAAGAGUGACAGGUCUAUGAGACGUCUCGAUGAUUUCAAAGGACAACGAGCGUCUACUGGACAGAAACCACAGCAGGACACAGCGCCCUCUGCUGGACCUGAACCUGAACCCAGCUUGGUGUCUCUGAAGAGUGACAGGUCUAUGAGACGUCUCGAUGAUUUCAAAGGACAACGAGCGUCUGCUGGACAGAAACCACAUCAGGACACAGCGCCCUCUGCUGGACCUGAACCUGAACCCAGCUUGGUGUCUCUGAAGAGUGACAAGUCAAAGGGACGUUUCCUUGAUUUCAAAGGACAACGAGCGUCUGCUGGACAGAAACCACAGCAGGCCACAGCGCCCUCUGCUGGACCUGAACCUGAACCCAGCUUGGUGUCUCUGAAGAGUGACAGGUCAAUGGGACGUCCCAUUAAUUUCAAAGGACAACGAGCGUCUGCUGGACAGAAACCACAGCAGGACACAGCGCCCUCUGCUGGACCUGAACCUGAACCCAGCUUGGUGUCUCUGAAGAGAGACAGGUCUAUGUUCCGUCUCAUUGAUUUCAAAGGACAACGAGCGUCUGCUGGACAGAAAGUGAAGCAGCAGAGCUCAGAGGUUCUCAGGGUUCAAUCUGCUCAGCAGCAUCAAACACACCUGAACCACAAGUUUCUGAAUUUCGAGGAGAACAUGUUGAUGUUUGUUAAAAAUGAGCUGAAGAGCAUCCAGAAGGUUCUCCUGACAGAUGAUGCAGAAUACUUGGAGAGUCAGAGUGAGGAUGAGGAGCAGAGGAGCAGCAGACUGGUUUUCCUGGACCUCACAGUGACCUUGAUGAGGUCAAUGAAUUAUGAUGAGCUGGCUGACUGUCUGCUGAGCAGAACUCGUGUUGAAGUUUGUCGUCGUAAAUUCAAAUCUAACAUGAAGCAGAAGUUUGAGCGUGUGUUUGAGGGGAUCUCUAAAGCAGGAAAGACGACUCUUCUGAAGGAGAUCUACACAGAGCUCUACAUCACAGAGGGCGGGGCUUCAGAGGUCAACGAGGAACAUGAGGUCAGACAGAUUGAAGCAGCAUCCAGGAAAACAGACACACAACAAAGAACAAUCACAUGUGAAGACAUCUUUAAAGUGUCAGCUGACACACAGCCACCAAUCAGAACAGUGCUGACAAAGGGCGUGGCCGGCAUCGGGAAAACAGUCUUAACACAGAAGUUGACUCUGGACUGGGCUGAAGGACGAACCAACCAGGACGUCCACUUCAUAUUUCCAUUCACUUUCAGAGAGCUGAAUGUGCUGAAAGAGAAGAAGUUCAGCUUGGUGGAACUUGUUCAUCACUUCUUUACUGAAAUCAAAGAAGCAGGAAUCUGCAGCUUCCAACACUUCCAGGUCUUGAUCAUCUUGGACGGUCUGGAUGAGUGUCGCCUCCCUCUGGACUUCCACAGCAAUGACAUCCUGACUGAUGUCACAGAGUCGAGCUCAGUGGAUGUUCUGCUGACAAACCUCGUCAGGAGGAACCUGUUUCCCUCUGCUCACCUCUGGAUCACCACACGACCUGCAGCAGCCAAUCAGAUCCCUCCUGAGUGUGUGGACAUGGUGACAGAGGUCAGAGGCUUCACUGACCCUCAGAAGGAGGACUACUUCAGGAAGAGAUUCAGAGAUGAGGAGCAGUCCAGAAGAAUCAUCUCCCACAUGAAGACAUCACGAAGCCUCCACAUCAUGUGUCACAUCCCAGUCUUCUGCUGGAUCACUGCUACAGUUCUGGAGGACGUGUUGGACACCAGAGACAUACCAGAGCUGCCAGAGACCCUGACUGAGAUUUACAUCUAUUUUCUGGUGGUUCAGUCCAAAGUGAAGAAGGUCAAGUAUGAUGGAGGAGCUGAGAUAGAUCCACUGUGGAAUCCAGAGAACAGGAAGAUGAUUGUGUCUUUGGGAAAACUGGCUUUUGAGCAGCUGCAGAAAGGGAACCUGAUCUUCUAUGAAGAGGACCUGACAGAGUGUGGCAUCGAUAUCAGAGCAGCCUCAGUGUACUCAGGAGUCUUCACACAGAUCUUUAAAGAGGAGAGAGGACUCUACCAGGACAAGGUCUUCUGCUUCAUCCAUCUGAGUGUUCAGGAGUUUCUGGCUGCUCUUUAUGUCCAUCUGACCUUCAUCCAGUCUGGAGUCAAUCUGCUGUCAGAAGAACAAACAACAUCCUGGUGGACUAAAAUAUUUAAACCUGAACUAACACGUCUCCAUCAGAGUGCUGUGGACGAGGCCUUAAAGAGUCCAAAUGGACACCUGGACUUGUUCUUGCGCUUCCUUCUGGGUCUUUCCCUGCAGAACAAUCAGACUCUCCUACGAGGCCUGAUGACACAGACAGACAGAAUCUCAGAGAACAAUCAGGAAACAGCUGAAUACAUCAAGAAGAAGCUCGAUGAGAAUCUGUCUGUAGAGAGAAACAUCAAUCUGAUCCACUGUCUGAAUGAACUGAAGGAUCGUUCUCUAGUGGAUCAGAUCCAACAGUUCCUGAGCUCAGGACGUCUCUCUGUAGAACAUCUGUCUCCUUCUCAUUUAUCAGCUCUGAUCUUCAUCUUACUGUCAUCAGAUCAACAUCUGGAUGUGUUUGACCUGAAGAAAUACUCUGCUUCACAUGAGGCUCUUCUGAUGCUGCUGCCAGUGAUCAAAGCAUCUAAAAAAGCUUUGUUGUCUGUCUGUAAUCUGUCAGAGAGAAGCUGUGAAGUUCUGUCUUCAGUUCUCAGCUCUCAGUCCUCCAGUCUGACAGAACUGGACCUGAGUAACAACCAGCUGCAGGAUUCAGGAGUGAAGCUGCUGUCUGCUGGACUGGAGAGUCCACACGGUCACCUGGACACUCUCAGGUUGAGUUUGUGUGAUCUGUCAGAGAGAAGCUGUGAAGUUCUGUCUUCAGUUCUCAGCUCUCAGUCCUCCAGUCUGAGAGAACUGGACCUGAGUAACAACAAUCUGCAGGAUUCAGGAGUGAAGCUGCUGUCUGCUGGACUGGAGAGUCCACACUGUCACCUGGAGACUCUCAGGCUGUCAGGCUGUCUGAUCACACAUGAAGGCUGUGCUUCUCUGGCCUCAGCUCUGACCUCCAACCCCUCCCAUCUGAGAGAGCUGGACCUGAGCUACAACCAUCCAGGAGACUCAGUCAAGUUGCUGUCUGCUGGACUGGAGGAUCCACGCUGGACUCUGGACUGUCUCAGGGUGGAUCCUGGUGGAGUCCGAUGGCUGAGACCAGGUCUGAGGAAGUAUUUCUGUGAACUCUCUCUGGAUCCAAACUCAGCGAACAGAAAACUCAAACUGUCCAACAACAACACAAAGGUGGAAGAUGUGGACGAGGAUCAAUCAUAUCCUGAUCAUCCAGACAGAUUUGACCUUUGCCCUCAGGUCCUGAGUCCAACUGGUCUGACUGGUCGCUGUUACUGGGAGGUCGAGUGGAGACGAGACGUUUUUAUAUCAGUGACUUACAGAAGAAUCAGAAGGAAAGGAGACAGUUUGAACUGUUGGUUUGGAUCUAAUGAUCAGUCCUGGAGUCUGAGAUGCUCUGAUGGUUGUUAUUCUGUCUGGAACAAUAACAGACGAACAGUCCCUCCUCUCUCCCCUUCGUCCUCUCACAGAGUCUCAGUGUUUGUGGACUGUCCUGCUGGCACUCUGUCCUUCUAUGACGUCUCCUCUGACUCUCUGAUCCACAUCCACACCUUCUGCUGCACGUUCACUGAACCUCUGUGUGCUGGGUUCAGGUUCGGGUUCUGGUUCUGGUUUGGUUCUGGUUCCUCAGUGUCUCUGUGUGGACUGUAGGACAGAGAGUCUCCUCCUGUGGACACAAACACUCGAUCACACACGUUUGGACAGUAAAUGUCCAGCUGGUUUGAUUUUGACGUCUCAGUUGUUGUAAAUUCAGCCUGUAAACAAACAUGAUUUUCACAUGAUUGACAGUUUGUUUGUUUGUUUGUUCAAAGAAACAAACAAUAAACAGAGUCCACUUAU